AUGAAGCUAUCUCUGAUCGCUGUGCUAGUGAUACUAUGUCAGGUGCUACCAGCAUCGUCGUUUCUGGCGUCGCCUGGAUCGUCUCCGGCUGUAAUACGGUUCAUGUCGGAAGUGCCUUCGGAUGAAGAAUCACCGCCCAUUCCAGAGGCCUCGUUGGCAGGCUUGGAGAGUGUCAAGGCAGAUUUGGUUAGCUUGUGCAGUAAAGACCCCAAGCCGUCGUUGCAAGAAGUCCAGAGAAUGGUCCGAGAGCUGGAGGAGGUUGCCGAGCAGAUUGGCGCCGGACAGGGCUCAUCAAUCUCAGGGUUGUUGAAUGGAGAAUGGGAACUGUUAUAUUCACCAGAGGACGAAACUAGGGCCAGUCCCUUCUUUUGGGCAUUUAGCAAGGCAUAUCCCACAAAUGCCGAUCAAAUAUUCUCCAUCACCGAUGCCAUUCCAGCCCCCAUUAAAGAAGUGGGACCUGCCUAUCAACAAAUAGAGUUUAGUGCUUCCAGUCAAACGGGGAGCUUCAUUUCCCGCGUCAAGGUAGCCACUCUGGGUGGAUUAGCCACCUCCAUGAUGACAACCCGUGGUUCGAUCAUCAAAGCAGAAGGAUUGGAUGGGCUGCGAUUGAAAAUUGAAACUACCAAACCAGAAGAAUCGACCAUUCUGCAAAAAUUGGGUCCCUUGGGAAGUACCAUCAACGAAAAUGCUCCGCCCUUUCCCAGUGGCGAAGCACUGGAGCGAGUACAACCGGGCUCUUCUGAAGUUGUCAUGCUCACAACAUUUUGUGAUGAUGGCAUUCGAAUCAGCCGCAAUGCAGACAAACCAGCGGAGACAUUCGUAUGGAAGCGAAGUAGCUUUGCAUCAUUUGAACCAAUGUAA